UUCAUUUAUACAAAUGUAUGUAGAUAUAAUUUACAAUUGAUUGAAUUCUAGUAGCUUUUCUUUUAUCUGUUCAUAGUUGUAGAUAGCUUAUCACCUGAUUUAGAUUAUUUAACAUGUAUUAUAUCAUAUACAAUUAAAUGUUCAUCAUAUCAAAAGAAUAAUUUAUCCAAAAAAUCUAUAAUAAUUAAAUUUCAUUUUGUUUAACAAUAAAUAAAUUAAAAAAUCCCAAUGUAAUCUGUGGUGUGUUGGAAUACCUCGACCAUCGUGCAUUUUUAUUGACAUGCGCAGAGAGUUAAAUAUGCGUUGUAAAUAAACGAUACACUAUGGGAUAGUUGAAGUAUAUAACAAAAUGUAAAAAGGAAGACAAUUUUUUAAACAAUGGAAAGCGAUCGACAUGCGAUCGUUUAUGUUGCAAAUGAAGAAAAGGAAUUAACUUAUUCGAUUGCUUAUGGACAAACAAUUGAAGAUCUUAGUAUCAAGAUUUGUAAAUCUCUAGGUAUAGGACCAGUAGCAAGACAUCUUUUUGCUGUUAGAAAUCAUUACACAAAACUAUGGUAUUCAUUAGCGCAUCAUUUAGAAGCGAAGGAUAAAAACAAGUUUGAUUUUAGACUAAGGUUUAAACCCUCAAGUUUAUACAGAUUAAAACAAAUUGAUGAAAAUGCCUAUGACUAUUAUUUUCAACAAGCACGCGCUGAUGUUAUGGAUAAUAAAGUACCAGACAUUGUUUAUGAGAGACAUAAACAAGAGUUAAUUGGUCUCGGUGUUAGCGAUAUGUACAGAGUAAUGUUAGAAAAGAAAGUACCAAGAGAAACAGUAGAAUCAGAAUACCGAAAAUAUAUUCCAAAAGAAUGUAUAAAACGGCAUGCAUUUUUUAUCAAAAAACCAAUACAUAAUGCGCUUCGUAAAAUAUCUGGACACGAUGCGAAUUAUGUUAAAGAACAAUAUUUGAAACAAUUUCAAUGCAUGGCGCCGAAUUAUCCAUACGAAGAAUAUGAAGCUUUAAUGGACAGAGGUUUUCAAAACCCUCCAGCAAAAGUGUCUUUAAGAGUUAAUGUAAAUGAAGUGAAAUAUUAUGAAGCAAAUGCCACUUCAUGGACUACAUUGUGUGCAAUUGAAGAUUUAUGUUUUGUUUCUAUAAGACAAGAUAAUACAGUGGAAAUAUCACGGAAGAAUGGUAUACCUUCAUAUUUAAAAUUUUCGAAAAGUACAUUUUUAAUGUCCUUUGUUUCUGCAUUAGAUGGUUAUUAUCGUUUAGCGGUUAAAUGGACAUUUAAUUUGUGCGGUGAGAUUGUUACUCCUUCUUUAGAAAGACUAUAUAAAUUAAAAUGCCAUGGUCCAGUUGGGCAAGAUUUUUCAUAUGCAAAACUUCUAGAAAAACGCGCGAAUAAACCAGGCUGUUACCUUCUUAGAGAAUGUGGAACUGAGUACGAUACAUACUACCUAGAUGGAUAUAACAAAGAAGGAAAGUUAUUUUCUAAAAAAAUAGAAGAGAAAACUUCAUCAAAUGAAUUUAUUAUUGUUGGUAGUCCUAAUAGAUAUAAUUCAUUGGCACAAUGUGUUGCAUCUUUCCAAGAUUCUGAAGGACAGUCAUAUCUUACAGAAUGUCUACCACCUUCAGAGUAUGAUAAAUCACCACUAUUACUAUGUGCCCCUGAAAGUGCAGUCAGUGAAGUUGCAGCAGAUGAGGAAAUUGUAGCUUCAGUUUUAGAGACCGGACCACGUUGUGUACCUCAGAACCAGCUCGAAAUUUACAAACCUUUUCUAAAAAUUACUAGAAAUCAUCAUUAUUCACCGACAGUUCUUCACCGAGCAAUUUGGAGAUUAACUAAAGGAAAAAAAUUAGAAGUCGCUCUUAAAAUUUUAAAACAAGAAGAAGAAUCAAAUUACACAAAAGAAUUUUUGGAACUUGCUGGAAAGUGGUCUCAGCUGCGUUCUGGAACUCUUGUAAGGUUAUAUGGUUUAACAGUAACACCAUCCAUUGGAAUGCUUUUGGAAUUGGUACGGCACGGUACUCUUGACGAAUAUUUACGUAGUUCUUCUUCUCAAACUGUUAAAACUGUAGAUAUGGUAGAAGCUACAGCUUGUCUAGCUACUGCUCUUUGGCACCUUGAAGAGAACGGUGUAGUUCAUGGUAACAUUAGAUGCAAUAAACUCCUCGUCCAUGCCCAUACUAAUAAUAGCUUUGUAGUCAAACUUGCCGAUCCAGGAUUAUUUGUGUAUAAGGAGACAGAUAUUCAUUGGUUACCUCCAGAAACGUACACGAAUCCAGAAUUAGCUAGGUAUAGUUUCCAAGCAGAUGUUUGGGCUGUGGGAACAACAAUUUGGCAAAUCUUUGCUAGAGGGGCCACUUUAUUAGAACUUCAAAAUGUAGCUGUUAUGAAAAAAUUUUAUGAAUCCGGAAAACGUUUGCCUAUACCAAGUGGCUGCCCUACAGAAGUUUACAGACUAAUGCGUGAAUGUUGGGGAGACGUAAAUGGUUCUAGAAAACAACCACAGGCGAUUAUGAGAGAUAUAAACCAAAUUCUGUAUCAAGUAUAUAAUUCACGCAGGAGUCAUGCUUAUGCAACAGCUUUUCCUAAGUUAUUCAAUUCUGAAUUAAAGAAACAUAGUCCAGAUAAUUCUGACACAAGUGAUGACAACAAGUCAAUAAAUAGUGAAUCGAGGACUAGUAGUCUUCUUACGGAUAAUACAAGUCUUCCUUGGAAUGACAUGGACGACAGUACGCAAAGUUUGAUAAAUAUUAAUGGUACGAGUGUAGGUAGUCUAGAAGAUUUGUCUGCUUAUUUAAGUUGGUCAUCUAAUACAAGAAGAAAUUCAGAAGGCGGUUCGGUAUCUCAGAAUAAUGUUCCUAGUAUGAAUUGUAUUGAACACUCAACUCAAACACUGCGAAUAAGGCAUGCUGGUGAUUUAGAUGAGGUGAUAAGAAGAAAUGAACAAGGAGGUGAAGAAGACUCCGAUUCUAGAAGAAGUAGUAAUGAUUCUUUAGGCCAAAUGCGAGGCAUUUAUGAAUUAGAUAUAGAUUGUAACGUAAUUCUACAAGGUAGAAUUGGUCAAGGUUUUUAUGGUGAAGUUUAUAGAGGAACACUAGAAAGAGAAACUGGAAAAGAUACGGAGCAACAACAGGUUGCUAUAAAAAAAUUAAAAACAAAAGCAUUAGAAGCAGACAUAAGGGAUUUUGAAAGAGAAAUCGCCAUAAUGAAGACUUUGAAACAUCCAAACGUAGUAGAAAUUCUAGGAGUAAUAUCAGAGCCUGAAGUUUGUUUAGUAAUGGAGUAUGUAAAACAUGGUUCAUUACAAAGUUAUUUGUUAAUUCACAAACAAGAAUUAACGCAUAAAAGAUUAUUAGGUUUUGCAUUGGAUAUUGCAACAGGAAUGGAGUAUUUGGGUAGCAAGAGUAUUGUUCACAGAGAUCUUGCUGCAAGAAAUAUUUUAGUCGCUGAUGAAAAUAAAGUGAAAAUUAGUGACUUUGGGCUGGCUCAAGUUACUGGGAAGAAUGAUUAUUAUAUUUUACAGACUGAUCGCGGUCUUCCUAUUAAAUGGUAUGCUCCAGAAAGUAUUAGAGAUGGAAAAUUUUCUACUCGAUCAGAUGUCUGGUCUUUUGGUGUAACAAUGUAUGAAACGUUUGGUUAUGGAGAAGAACCACGUUUACCUGGUCUUGAUUCAAGUAUAGAACGUCUUCAAAAUGAGCAAGAAAAAGGAAGUACCGAAUUAUUAGCCGCGUUAGAAAGAGGCACUCGUCUUCCUUGCCCUUCUACCUGUCCCCAAGCAAUUUAUAUAAAACUUAUGUAUCCCUGUUGGCAUCUACAAAGUCAUCAGAGGCCAGAUUUUGCAGCUCUUUGCAAUGAUAUCAGAGAUCUCCUUGCUCAGUACUAAGAAAGAAACAUAAAAAUUGCGUUACAUGGCGUUCAAAUCCUUUUCUACUUUAGAAAUGUAAAUUAAACAGAGAUUUUAGCGGGUUAUAAUUGUACAGUUUUAUUCAAUUUUUAUGAAUUAUUUUAAUAAUAUAAUUUUUAGAAAUUUUUAUUUGUGAACAUUAGCUAUUGCUAACAAUUCGACUUUAAAAUUAAAUUCAUUUUAAAUAAUACUCGAAGUAAUAUUUUUCAAAAAUAAAGAAACAUGUAUUCUUGUUGCAGUAUUGAAUUGAUAGCUUAUAAUGUAUUUAAUGAUUGAUGACUUCAUCAAUGAUUUAAAUAAAAUAUUUAAAAAAUAAACGAUAACUGUGGUAUGUACUACGUAAAUAAAUGUUUAAUAAUAAUGAAUAUUGUAAAGUUCACUACAUUUAUUCAUUAAUUACACUACAAUUACGUUUACUUUCAAAAUAGUGAAGUUUAUACCACGAUAAAUGAUGUACAAAGAAAGAUAAGUAUUGAAGCAGAAAACCUCUGAUAUGUUUUGUUAUAAAUUAAUUUUUGUACGUGUAUCUAGUCCAUAAGUUUUAUCAAAUUUUUGUUUUGUGUUAGAAAAUGCAUGAUAGUAUGUAUGCAUUCAUGUAUGUGUAUAUGUGUAUAUGUGCGUAUUUACUAUACUCUAAAGUGUGUGUGCACGUAAUGUAUAAAAGAGUAUAUCUUACGAUUUUACUUCAAUAUGUUCAUGUAAGUAAAUUUUUCUCAUAAAUUGUACAUGUUUUAUAAGGGGGCAUAUUGUUUUUGAAUUUGUUUCAUAAACUCGAUAACGUUUCUUUAA